AUGGCAGACUUUUUAGAUAAGAAUGAGCUCAGGAAUGAUACAUCAAGCAGAUUUUUAGAGAACGAUCAAAAUUCAAGUAGUUAUCUGGAUGAAGGAGGGACUGGGAUGAAUAGGCAACACUUUAUUAAGGGCAGAAGAAGCUCUAAAAUCUCCAUGAUGAAUGCUAAGCAUAAGACCUCCCUUUCACUCUCCAGAUUCACUGGAAAUCAGAGCUUGAGUGGUCUGAGGGGUAAAUUUGGAAGGAAUAAAUCACUUCUAAAUUACAAAGAUUCCAAACAAGACUUUGACACGAAGCAUAAGCACACUAUGGCAGAAAUAAUAUCGUCUGUGACCAAAUGCUUGAAGAUUAGAGAGGCUGUCGAAGACCAAUAUAUUAACGAAGACAAACUCAAACUUCUCAACAAGGAGAACAAGGUCCUUCGUACUAAUGUCAAGAAGCUGAAUGAGUACCUUUCCUCCUUCCUUACCCACGUUAAGGAGUUUAAACAAAAGACUCAUUCUUCGAUGAGCUAUAAAUACGGAUCUCACGGAAAAUUGAAAAAGAAUCGGGACGAGAAGCUUAAAGCACAGGACCAGGAGACCCAAAAUUACUCUAAAAUGCUUAAAAACCUACGGGAAGAGCACUUGAAGACCAAGAACAGAGUCUUUCAGGUACAGGACCCCAGAUACAUCCUUAAUUUGAAGAAAGAAGUCAAGAAGACGAAGGAAAAGAUCCGAGAGAUGACUAGCGAAAAUACCAACCUUAAAGCCCAAGAAUUCAGUACUAAUAAGAAGCUAGACCAGGUUCUUCACCAAGGAAAGAAUGAUGCUAUGAACAAGAUCAGCCAACUUCUUAAAGACCUCAUGGCUCUUGAGGAAAGGAAGUCAAAGUAUGACAAAAAGAUCGAGUUUCAGAUUAAAACUGAGAUUGAUAUUGACGAGGAAAUCCAAAAUUCAAAAGCCAGAGCCAAUGAGAUAGAACAGAAAGCAAGACAAGAAGGCUUAUUAGAUCAGAAAGAUGAUCAGUAUUCUCCUCUUUAUAGUCCAGAAAGAGUGAAGGCAAUGAAACAGAAGAUAGAAAAGCAUUCUCUAAGUGCAAUUCACAGGAAGUUCUUUACUAAGAUUAUUAAGCAGAAGAAAUAAACUGCAAGGGAUUUUGAGUAACUAUAAUGACAAUGUAAUAAUGCAUCGAACUAUGCUGAGUAAGGAUACUACUUUAUCGAUUGAUAUAAACACUUCUGAAGAGUAUCUUACAAAUAAAUCCCAGGAAGUUCUUCAAGUGGAUAAGCAUCCUCUAAUUGAGAAAAUUAACAAGAGUUUGAGUUCUCUUAAGAAGAGUCUUCCUCAGAUUACAAAUAAGCUCAAAUGGGAUAAACCAAUUUGGCAUAAUAAACAGAAAUUGAGAGGCUUUAAAAGAACUAACAAGAGUAAACGGAUGUUUCAUUCUGAGGACUCCAGACACCAUCAGAACACAAGAAAUGGGGCUGUAAAUAACGAAUAUGAUGAUGAGCCCCAGUCGUAUAAGACCAUUGCCAACAAAGACAGAGCUAGAUAACUCAUACAGGAUUUCCCUAGCCAAUACAAGGGUUCACAUUCCUUGCUCC